AUGUCGCUGACACACACCUACAACAUGGACCCACCUGGACCUGGCCCCGGGUCUAAACCCAGACCUAAACCUGCUCCCAGCUCUCUGUCUCUGAAAAGUGACCACUCCAAUGACCAUCCUCUGAGUUUAGAGAGGCUCUUCCUGAAGACCAGAGUGCAAACAGUGAUCCAGUGUUUGAACGGAGCUACUCCCAGUGUGAGACAGAUGAGUUCAGGUGGGACAGGAUCACGGGGUCUUCUAAAGAUUCCUGAGCGACUGUGUGAACUCUGUGGUGGUGAUGCUGGUCCCAGGUUUAGUGCUGUGCAUUUGAUGCAUUUAUUGUUUGACAGGGAGCCAGGCCCAAAGGAGCAGCUGGACGCCAUAUUCAGACGUCUGGAGGAGCAGGUCCUGAGGUUUGUCCAACAGCAGCUCCAGAGGCUCCACAGGCUCCUGGCCUCAGAUUACCCAGAAUGUUCCGAGAGUGAGGAGGAGGAGAGCAGAGAGGUUCUGAACAUCACCCUGGACUUCCUGAAGAGGAUGGACCAGGAGCGUCUGGCCCAGUGUCUGUUCAACAGGAGUAAAGUUGGAUUCAGUGAUAAAAUAAAGUCUGAUUUGAAGCAGAGGUUCAGCCGUGUGUUUGAGGGUGUGGCUAAAGCAGGAGACUCCGCCUCCCUCACCCAGAUUUACACAGAGCUCUACAUCACAGAGGGCGGAGCCUCAGAGGUCAACCAGGAACAUGAGGUCAGACACAUGGAGACCCCAUCCAAGACACCGGCCGCUCUAGAGACCACCAUCACAUGUGAAGACAUCUUUAAGCCCCGCCCACACUCACCAGAGCCAAUCAGAGUGGUGCUGACAAAGGGUGUGGCCAGCGUGGGGAAAACAGUGCUGACACAGAAGUUGAGUCUGGACUGGGCUGAAGGCCACGCCCACCAGGACCUCCAGCUGCUGUUCCCGUUCACUUUCAGAGAGCUCAAUGUGCUCAGAGACACACAGUUCAGCAUGGUGGGACUGCUGCACCACUUCUUCAGUCCAUCCAAAGAUCUCUGCAGCUUCCAACAGCUCCGGGUGCUCUUCAUCUUUGACGGUCUGGACGAGUGCAGACCUCCUCUGGACUUCAACAGAACCCGUGUCUUGACCGACCCCACAGAGUCUGCCUCAGUGCACGUGCUGCUGGUGAACAUCAUCAGGGGGAGGCUGCUUCCCUCCGCUCACCUCUGGAUAACCACACGCCCCGCCGCAGCCAAUCAGAUCCCUGCUGAGUGUGUCUCCAUGGUGACAGAGGUGCGAGGGUUCACCGACUCGCAGAAGGAGGAGUACUUCACAAAGAGGUUCAGAGAACAGGCCACAGCCAUCAUCUCCCACAUCAAGAGCAUCCGCAGCCUCCACAUCAUGAGUCGCAUCCCGGUUUUCUGCUGGAUCCUCUCCACAGUUCUACAGAAACUUCUGGAACAAACAGAGGAACCAGAGCUGCCCCACACUCUCACACAGAUGUUCGUUCACUUCCUGGUGGUGCAGGCCAAAGUCCAGAACAUCAAGUAUCACCAGAGAUCAGGGGCGGACCUUCACUGGACGCCAGAGACCAGGGAGAUGAUGAAGUCUCUGGGAAAACUGGCCUUUGAGCAGCUGCAGAAAGGAAACCUGAUCUUCUAUGAGUGUGACCUGAGCGAGUGUGGGCUGGACGCUGCAGCAGCCUCAGUGUACUCUGGAGUGUUCACACAGGUUUUUAGAGAGGAGCCAGGCCUGUACCAGGACAAGGUCUACUGCUUCAUACACCUGAGUGUGCAAGAGUUUUUGGCUGCUCUUCACAUCCAUCAGAGCUUCUUCAGUUCUGGAGAGAACCUGCUGGAGCCACCACACUCCUGUGAGAGUCUAGACCCUGAGGCAGCAUUCUACCGCUCUGCUGUGAACCAGGCCUUACAGAGUCCAAAUGGACACCUGGACUUGUUCCUGCUCUUCCUCCUGGGGCUGUCUCUGCCAACCAAUCAGAAGCUGCUGCAAGGCCUGCUGACUCACACAGGAAGUGAUUGGACCAAUCAGGAGACAGUAAAGUACAUCAAAUAGAAGUUGAAUGAAAAGGGUCUGUCUGUAGAGAGAAGCCUGAACCUGCUCCACUGUCUGAACGAGAUGAACGACCUCAGUCUGGUGAAGGAGAUACAGAAGAACAUGAGAGGAGGACGUCUUUCUUUUCGAAGCAUGUCUCCUGCUGAGUGGUCGGCUGUGUCCUUCCUCUUACUGUCCUCAGGCUCAGUCCUGGAGGAGUUUGACCUGAGGAAAUAUGAGGCCUCAGAGAGAGCUCUCCUGGGUCUGCUGCCGGUGGUCAGAGCCUGCACCAAAGCCCUUCUGAUUGGGUGUGGACUGUCCUGUCACAGCUGUGGUCCUCUGGGUCCUCUGUCCUCAGUCCUCAGCUCCUCCAGUCUCACACAUCUGGAUCUCAGUCACAACCACCUCCAGGACUCAGGAGUGGAGCUGCUGUGUUCUGGACUGAAGAGCGCCCCCUGCAGACUGGACAC